AUGUCCAGUUCCGAUUUGUCUACACGGUCCCCACCAAGCUCUCAAGGAGACCUCUUUCUCACCAUUUAUGUAUGUGGAGAAAACCCGGAAGAUCUCCGGAACUUUAUUCCUAUCCACAUCUUUACUAAAUCCAUUACUGAACUCGAAGAUAGCGUCGAUUUGUCAACAAUAAACUACCGGUCAUAUUUGUCGGCGAUCGAAAAAUAUUGGGUAUUGAGAACUCGACCAUGCACUAUAUGGAUGGCUGCGGGUUUAUUCAUGCUAUCUCUGGAAAGUGUAACAUGUUGUACUUCGGUUUUGCAAGCAUCUGAAGAGUCAAUUCGAAACGCUUCACAAUUCGCACAGGAUUGGGAGAAUUCCGUUGCCAGAAAGCUUCCACAAGCCCUGUCGAUACGUUCGGAAGCCGCCGUUCGCAUAGCGAAUGUCGCAAAAACGUAUUCUGAUAAUGACAAGGCCGUCGUCUUCAAUGAAACAUUUCGUGCAAAAGUCGCUACCGGUGCAAAAAAGAAGGUCUCACUCAACGACAUCCUCUCCAAAUUCAAAAACUGGGGGAAUAUUAGUCAGGUUUGCAACGAAAACUGUCAAUGCGACACCUCUGAUGAUAGUAUCAAUGUGAUUGAAGACAAUAUAAGUUCGUCUACUCGACAGCAAGCACCGCCACCGAUUGAUCAUCAGCGACUUCUCAAAUCUUUCAACCUUCACAUCCUCUCCGAAUCGUUUCUAUCUUCCCACCUAAUACCUUAG